CGGCCGUUUCUUCACUCCCUCUCCCUCUCUCUCUCUUACUUUCUUCCUUCGCUUCGUAUUUGGGGGUUUUGGAGCGUCGCCACUCUCUCUCUCUCUCUCUCUCUCUCUUCUCUUCCUUCUCUCUCCUCAUUUCAAAGGUCGUCUCUUUCCCGCUGUUCUGCCCCUCUUCCUCCUCUCCGCGUUUUCAGAAAAACAAAAAAAUUAGGGUUUUACCUCUUUCCUUUCCCCUUCUUCUGUGCUUUUCUCCAUCUUCCCCUUUCCCUGUCUUCUCUUCCUCGUCCAUUCGUCGACACACUGUGCUUUCCUUCUCUUUGUCUCGUUACCCUUUUCGUCCCUUGUGGCGGCGAUGUCCCUUUCUGUCUCCAAAUCGGACGUCGCUACGCACACACUGCCCGCCCGCCUCCGCACGACCAUUCAGUCCAUCAAGGAAAUCGUCGGCAACCAUUCCGAUCAUGAUAUCUACGUGAUGCUCAAGGACUCCAACAUGGAUCCCAAUGAGACCGCCCAGAAACUCCUAACGCUGGAUCCAUUUCAUGAAGUGAAGAGGAAAAGGGACAGGAAAAAAGAGAAUUCAAUCCCUAAGGGCCCACCAGAAAUGAAAAAGCGGCCAGAGCAUACUGUUCAAAGUCUUCAUCCUCAGACACAGUGGGACCGAAAUAAUCGGAGAGGGGGCUAUACUCGUACUAAUGUGCCAGGGGUUAAUCAAGAAUUUCGUGUGGUACGUGAUAAUAGAGUCAAUCAAAACUCGAACAAAGAAAACAGGACCGAUGUGACUCAUUCACCUGCUUUGAAAAUUGAGAAACUGCCUUCCAAUAAUUCAAAGCAAAGCUCUCCGGGAAAAUUAACUGAUCAAAAGAACUACGGUUCCAAUGGAAACUCAGGAUGUCAAGCGCAAGUUUCCCAUGAGGCUGGGGCAAAACAUGCAGGUGAUAAUAUUUCCAAGGGCAGUCAUUUACCAUCGUUGCCAGAGGAGAGCAGAAUGGUGUCUGUGCCAAAUUCUUUGUUAAGAAUAGAAGCUCGUUCACUAGGUUCUGAACAACAAGCUGAAUCCUUGGCAUCAACUAGUUCUGUGGCGGGGGUUUAUUCCUCAUCAAAGGAUCCAGUCCAUGUUCCAACUCGUAAUCCUGGAUUGUCUGGGACAGUUGGAACAAUUAAACGUGAAGUUGGAAUAGUUGGUGCUCGCCGUCAAUCAUCUGAAAAUUCUGCUACCCAAUCACCUGUUUCAAGUAGUUCUUUCUCCAUUCCAAUUCUGGUAAAGGACAUGCCUGCAACAACAUCAUCAUUUGGAAAUGCUACAUCUUUGACCAAGAAUGACCAAUACAGUCAACCAGCUCCACAAAAACCUGUUUUGCCUGGUUUGUCUGUUAAUCGUCCUCUGUUGGGAAACCAGUACAGCGUCAGGGCUCAUCAGCAACUUCCUGGUCAUCAAAAAGCUACCAAUAUGGAAUGGAAACCUAAGUCUUUAAGCCAAAAACAAACUACAAGCACUCCUGUAGUUGAGGCAACUUCAACCAGCACUUCGUCAGGAGCUGAUAGCUUAGUCAGGCGGCAAGUGGAAGUGAACCAUUUGUCAGAAAAGCUUUCAGAAGCAAAUAUUGGCCCAUAUCAGCAUGUAAUCAUACCAGACCAUCUUAGAGUACCAGAGGCUGACUUAACACGAUUGACAUUUGGAAGCUUUGGGACAGUGCUUGAUGCUAACAAGAUUUAUACCCCUGGAUUGAGGGAGUCCAUGGAAAGUGAAGAACAAAAAGAUGGGCGUUCUGCAAGUCCAAUGGAUGAUGCUGUGGUUAAUCCUGGAGGAAUCUCAAGUGAACAGUCAGUGUCACAGGAUGAACAACCUGGCAUAUCUGGAUCUCAUUCCCCUUCUGCUGUUUCAUCUGAAUGUCCGUUGCCAGAAGGAAAAGAUUCAUCUAGUGGGCAGAAUUUGGAGAACUAUGCAAAUAUUGGACUUGUCCAAGGCCAGAGCCCUUCUUCUUUUGGCCCAGCAGAGCCACAGGAGCCAGAUCAUUCCCAUCUCCAAACUUUUUCGCAACAGGCUUAUGAUCAUCCAAAUUAUGAUGCACCAUUCUUCAGGCAAGCUAUGGAUGAGAAUGUGAGAGAGCAAGGCAUGGCAUCGCCUCAGGAGGGAUUGACUACACACGCAAAUGGUGCCACUCCAUCAACAGUUUCAAUGAUGCAGCAGCAACAGAUGGCACCAGUAUACCCCCAACCUGCUGGAGUUCAUCUACCUCAGUUUCCAAAUUUCUUUCCAUACCGACAAUUUUUAUCACCACUAUAUGUGCCACCGAUGGCAGUGCCCAGCUUUUCUGGCAGCCCUGGAUAUCCUCACCCACCUGCAGGCAGCAGUUACCUGAUAAUGCCUGGAGGAAGCUCACACCUCACUCCAGGUGGUCUGAAAUAUGCACCUGCACAGUAUAAGCCUAUUCCUGGUGCUAGUCCGAUAGGAUAUGGAAAUUACUCAAAUCCAGCUGGAUAUGCUGUGACAACUCCAAUGACACCAAGUGGCAAUACUGGUGUUGAUGAUGUUUCCAGAAUCAAGUACAAGGAAAACAAUCUCUACAUUCCAAAUCCACAGGCCGAGAGCUCAGAAAUCUGGAUCCAGACGCCGAGAGAACUUUCUGGUUUGCAGUCGCCUCCAUAUUAUAAUAUAUCUGGACAGGUUCCUCAUGCUGGAUUUGUGCCCUCACAUACAGGCCAUGCAUCAUUUAACACUCCACAAUCUUCACACGUGCCCUUCGCCAACAUGUAUCACCCUUCGCAGCCAGCAGCAUUGGCCAACACACACCACUUGGUGCACCAGCAAUUGCCUGGGAUGGGUGGUGUUGCAGCAGCUUCUGGUGGUCAGGUUGGAGCCUAUCAGCAGCCACAGCUUGGUCAUCUGAAUUGGGGCAACAAUUUCUAGUUGCCAAUUGUUCAACCUCACUAGAUUAUAUGAUCGAAUGGAGCCCUCCAUGUGAAACUCUGUAACAAAAACUUGUGUUUAAUAUUUUCAUAAUGCAUCCCAAUCCCAGCCUUCUUCUA